AUGCCGACCAUCAACCAGUUGAUCCGCAAGCCGCGGAAAGAUCCGCCGAAGCGGAACAAGGUGCCGGCCAUGGAGGCCUGCCCUCAGAAGCGUGGUGUUUGCACCCGCGUUUACACGACGACGCCGAGGAAGCCGAACUCGGCUCUGCGUAAGGUGGCCAAGAUCCGCCUGACCAACGGCUUCGAAGUCAUCGGCUACAUCCCGGGUGAAGGUCACAACCUUCAGGAACACUCGGUGGUGAUGAUCCGUGGCGGCCGCGUGAAGGAUUUGCCGGGUGUUCGCUACCACAUCAUCCGUGGUGUGCUCGAUACCCAGGGCGUCAAGGAUCGUAAGCAGCGCCGUUCGAAAUACGGCGCCAAGCGGCCGAAGUAA